CAGCGGGGUACAUACUCAGUUCAUGCACUCAAAUGCCAAGAAUUGAAGUCAACGGGAAACAGAUUUUCCGGUUAGAGCUUGAAGAACCAUCACCGGAGAUAAAAGAAAAAGCGAGGAGGGAGCUGAGAGAAACUCCUGAUAUUGUGGAACAGUCCAAAAAAGAACUCCGGGAUCUUCUCAGAGAUGAAGAAGGUUUGAUCACUCCUUAUGAAUACGAUCAAUAUCUAAUGCGUUAUCUGAGGCCGACAAAGUUCUAUCCUGAGAGUGCACUUAAAUUGAUUAAAGAUUAUUAUGAAUUCAAAAUCAAGCACAAAAAUGUUUAUGAAGGCUUACUUCCAAGCAAAGAAAAAAAUGUAUUUACCCAUGACAUCAUUACUGUUUUACCUAAGAGGGAUCAAGAAGGAAGAAGAAUUCUUGUACUUUCUCUUGGAAAGAAAUGGAAGCACAACAAGGUUUCCCUUGAUGAAGUUUACAAAGCAGCUGUAAUGUUUUCUGAAGCCGCAGCUCUUGAACCUGAAACUCAGAUAUGUGGAGCACAAAUUAUUUUUGACAUGGAUGGACUUUCCCUUCAACAGACAUGGCAGUUUACCCCUCCUUUCGCUAAAAGAAUAGUAGAUUGGCUACAGGACAGUAUACCACUUAGGAUCAAAGGACUUCAAAUAAUUAACCAGCCGUACAUAUUUAACAUGGUGUUUGCACUGUUCAAGCCCUUCUUAAGGGAAAAGCUUAAGAGCAGGAUCAUAUUCCAUGGAUCUGACAGGAAAUCACUUCACCAACAAUUAGACCCAUCAUGUCUUCCAGAAGAAUAUGGUGGUACCUUGGAUAUUCCUUUAAUCCAUGGCUUGGAAUGGUAUGAUAUGCUCGUGAGAAUGGAACCAGAAUUCGAAAAAAUCAACGCCUAUGGAUGCAAGAAAGGUGCCAAAUAA